UCCUCUCGAGUGCAAUAAAAGCCGCUCCUUGGCCCCGGGUGCACAGAGCAGCGCCCGCACUUGCCCGUCACCAGCUGUGGGACAGGACCCACAUUGGGGUGCAGGAUCCGGACUGCUGCAGCCCUUUGCUGACCUCCCACCAAAGAUGCUGAGGGCCUGGCAGCCCCGCUCACUCCUGGUCCUGCUUGUGCUGGCCGCCACCGCCUGGGGACAGGACGGCAUUGGCCCCAAGCAGCUGCAGCCCUGGCUCGUCGGCCUCACAGCCGUCGUUGUCUUCCUCUUCAUCGUCUUCAUCCUCCUCCUCGUCAACCGGCUCUGGAAGCUCCGGAUGCGCAGGAAGCAGGGCGGCCUCCAGGACACCCCGUGGACCAGCAGGCUGGAGCGCACCGGCUGCGUCAACCCUGCGGCAGAGAAGGGCAGCGGCGAGGAGAGCGACGGCGAAGGGCAGAAGAAAGCCACGCCGCUGUGAGCCGGGGCCGGCGCCAGGCCCCCCGCGCCGGGCAUCGCGCCUCGACCCCAGUCCGCAGGGCGCGAAUCCGCGCCGGGUUUUGCGGAUGCGGCCGCGGGACGGGAGGUGUCGUGGGGCGGCUGCGGCUGCAGCCACAAUCCGGGGUGGAUCCGCCGCAGGAGUGGAUCCGGGAGGGCAGCGCAGGGACCCCCCGCGCCCUCCACCCCUGCAUCUGGCUGGUCCCCGCGUGGCGGGGGGCAGCUGAACCCUAGUAAAA